AUGACGACAAAACUGCAACCUCCGCUUGGUGCUGCUAAACAGGAGAAUCAUCGAAUGCUGCUCUCGCGCGCGUGUGGAUGCCUCGCGGAGGUGUUGGUGAAGGUGCACCUCAACGCACCAGGCAACCUGAUGGAGUACAGUGACGUGAUGUAUUCUACUCUUAGUUUUUUCCUCGGAGACUACAGCCGCUGCAACGAGCAGCGCGUGCGUGUUGUUGUUGCAUACGCUCUUGGAUGCACCUUUGCCGUCUGCAGCGACGAGAAGAAAAUUGAAUUGGCGGGGAAGGUGGUCUCAUUGGUGGUUCAAGGAUUAAAGCGUGAAAAACCACAAGAGGCGUCUUUCCCGUUGAGAGGUAUGACAGCGCUCUUUUCGUGUGUCACGGAUACUGUGCGCAUGUCGCUGUAA